AUGUCUUUAUCACGUGGGCUUGUUGGGGAUUUAUUGAGUGAAAUUUAUUUAAAAACUUUGAGUAGUAAAACAUCGAUUACAAUUUUUGUAAAAACUUUGAUUGGUAAAACAAUUACUCUAGCAGUUGAACCAUCAAUGUCAGUGGAUACACUUAAAUCUAUAAUUUAUAUGAAAGAAGGAAUUGAAUUAAAUCAUCAAAGAUUAAUAUUUGCUGGUAGACAAUUGGAAGAUGACAAAUCUUUAUUUGAUUAUAAUAUCCAAAAAGAAAGUACUAUUGUUAUGGUAUAUAAAUUUCUAGGUGGAAAUAGUCAAGCAUUACAAAUUGAUGAAAAAUGUUUCUUACCAAAAUUCAACUAUGAUUCUACAAAAACCAUUGAUGAUAAACAAUUCUUUAGAGGUGGAGAAAUUUAUGUUUGUCCAUGUGGUUGGAUGAGAUACGCAUUAAAUAUUACAAAUUUAUUUGAUAAAGAAGGAGAUAAAUGGUUAAGUUGUAAUAAUGUUGAUGGAGAAUGGCCGGUUUCAUAUCAUGGUACUGGUAAACAUGAAUCAAAAAGUAUAGCUGAAAAAGGUUACGAUUUAUCAAAGGGUAAAACAUUCAAAUUUGGUUAUGGUAUUUACUCUACACCAUCAAUUAAAUGCGCUGAAACAUACGCGAAUUCAUUUGAAUAUGAAGGGUGUACUUAUUUAGUAGUAUUACAAAAUCGUGUCAAUCCGAAAACAUUAAUUAAAAUUCCAAAAUCUCAAACAAAUGAUGAAGAAUAUUGGGUUUCACCAAAAGAUGAAGAUAUUAGACCAUACUGUAUUUGUAUAAAAAAAUUAAUUAAUUAA